UCCGCGAAGCCAAGAGCUCACAUUCCCUGCUUCUUCUGGGCACAGUAACAGACCUGUCUAGCGAACAGCACCAAACAACCUCUUGGACCUUGGAAUAAACGACAAACCCGUCUAUUCUUCUUGACUUACAAAUAUUCUACUUUAGCUUUCAUCCAUGAGAUUCUUCAGGCUUACCUUCAAGUGCUUCGUCGACUGCUUUUGAUCCCCUUCAUCCCCAUCGUCUGUCUGCGACGCAUUGUAAAUAUUAUAUCUCUAGCUAUAGCUAGCUAGCCAACAAGCUAAAUAUAGCUAAAGAAUUUUUUUAAUAACAAAGAGGAAAAAAACAUAAAAAGAAAAAAGGAACUGAAGAACUGCAUAUAUCGCUAACGUUAAUUAGCUAGUUACACUUUUGAACUAACGUUAGCUAAUUCCACAACGUUACCAUUUUCUAAGUUGCAUUUUACAAUUUGGGCUAGCUAGCUAGCUAUUCAGCUAGCAUGUCGCCAGAGGUGGAAGAACACAUUCCAGGGAGCCGGGGGUUAUCUCAGGGCGAGCCUGGGGUCCCAGCGGAAGAAGAAGGGGGAGUAGUACGCCCCCUUGUGGCAGUACCUGGUGUCAGCGCCGCGGGAGGGGGUGGCCCAGUGGUGGAGAGGGAGACUUGGACCAGACAAAUGGACUUCAUUAUGUCCUGCGUGGGCUUUGCUGUGGGUCUGGGCAAUGUGUGGAGGUUCCCAUAUCUCUGCUACAAGAACGGUGGAGGUGUGUUUCUGAUCCCCUACAUGCUGAUUGUAUUCAUUGGGGGGAUUCCAGUGUUCUUCCUGGAGAUAGCGCUGGGACAGUUCAUGAAGCAGGGUGGCAUCUCCGCCUGGAACAUCGCCCCCCUUUUUAAAGGUUUGGGGUUGGCGUCCAUGGUGAUUGUGUUCUUCUGCAACACCUACUACAUCAUGAUCCUGGUGUGGGGGCUGUACUUCCUUCUGCACUCAUUCUCUGUGCCCCUGCCCUGGGCCACCUGCGGGCAUCCCUGGAACACCCCCAACUGCACACAGGACUUCCGCAGGGCCUGUCCCAAUCGCAGCUCCCUCCUCACACUUCCCCUGGACCUCCCCUCCUCCUUCUCCCCACAGCGCAACCUCUCCUCCCUCAACUUCUCCUCCCUCCUCCCUCUCAACACCAGCUGCGCGGAUGCGGAGGGCCUGCGGUCCCCUGUCAUCGAGUUCUGGGAACGGAAGGUGCUGCGGCUGUCGGGGGGAUUGGAUGAGGCAGGGGAGAUCAGCGGUCACAUGGUACUGUGUCUGGUGGCCACUUGGGUCAUCGUCUACUUCUGCAUCUGGAAGGGGGUCAAGUCCACUGGCAAGGUAGUAUAUUUCACAGCAUUGUUCCCCUAUGUGGUUCUGGUGGUGCUGCUGGCCCAUGGAGUCACCCUGCCUGGUGCAUUGGAUGGGAUCAUAUACUACCUGAAGCCUGAUUGGUCAAAGCUGGGAGAGGCCCAGGUGUGGAUCGACGCAGGAACUCAGAUCUUCUUCUCUUACGCCAUUGGCCUUGGUGCAUUGACCGCGCUAGGAAGCUACAACCGCUUCCACAACAACUGCUACCAAGAUGCCUUCAUCCUGGCCCUCAUAAACAGCGGGACCAGUUUCUUCGCUGGCUUUGUGGUGUUCUCUGUGCUGGGCUUCAUGGCAGCUGAACAGGGAGUGGACAUCAGCAGGGUUGCAGAGAGUGGUCCUGGCUUGGCUUUCAUCGCCUACCCUAAAGCAGUGACCCUGAUGCCGCUGGCGCCGCUGUGGGCGGCCCUCUUCUUCUUUAUGCUGCUGGUACUGGGACUGGACAGCCAGUUUGUUGGCGUUGAGGGAUUCAUCACUGGAAUUAUGGACAUGCUCUCCCCUAAUACGCUUAAAUGCUCUCUUCGUCGUGAGGUUGUUGUGGCGAUCUGCUGCAUUACCUGCUUCUUUAUCGACCUCUCCAUGGUAACAGAGGGGGGCAUGUACGUGUUCCAGCUGUUUGACUACUACUCUGCCAGUGGGAUGACUCUGCUGUGGCAGGCCUUCUGGGAGUGUGUGGUGGUGGCUUGGGUCUAUGGAGCGGACCGCUUCAUGGAUGACGUGGCCCGGAUGAUAGGGUACCGCCCACUCCCCUACAUGAAGUGGUGCUGGUCCUACAUCACGCCCUUAGUGUGUGUGAGCGUCUUCCUUUUUCACGUGGUGAACUACAAGCCGUUGACAUACAACUCCACCUACGUGUACCCAUGGUGGGGAGAGGCUUUGGGGUGGGGGCUUGCCCUCUCUUCAAUGCUGUGUAUUCCCAUCACUGUCGUCUACAAACUGCUGCGCUGCAAGGGCUCCUUCAGAGAGCGCUGGCAGCACCUCACUGCCCCAGUGUGGGGAAGGCAUCACCUGGAGUACCUGGCCCCCGAGUCUGAGACCAAGCUUCUACCCCCAUCUGAACCAGGCAAAACCACCCUGCUUUUUGAGAGUGUCAUCUGACCUCCCUGCCUCUUUCUGCAUGUCAAUCUCUCCCUCCAUCCACUCCCUGCUCUAUUUAUCUCCAGUUUCCGUUUAAAGACCGAGAAGAACAUUUACAGCAGCAGACACACAUUCACUCUCUCUCUCACACACACACACACACACACACACACAC